CUUUAUCUCUUAGCGGGCAGGAUGCACCAAGGUUCAAAGUGCUUGAAAUGGACUCAAAUGGAACACUUUAUCUUCACAAAACUUCACUUCUUUGCAUAGGCGAGGUUAUCAAACGUCUGACUGAAGGAAAAUAUCAACUGGCUGAACCGAGCAAUUUAGGUAAGUAAACAAACCUUGCUUUGAUUUGAGUAUAUUUUGAUGAGUCACGUUUGGUCGAGUUCGAGUUAUGGGGAUACAGAAUAUAUGAGUAAAAGAAUAAACGGGAUACUUGAAGAAAAAAAUUACCGGGAUAAUGGAUAUUUAAAAUAGGGAUUCCGGGAUUCUAAACCCGGAAUCAGGGAUACAAACCAAAGGAAUUAACGGGACACAGGAUUUAUAGCCCAAAAAUUAACAGGAUACGGGAUACUCAGACUCCUCCCCCCACCUCCCUAAUGAGGCCUCAUUCGUUUUUAGCCGGGAGGAUGCGGUCAAUGAAUUUUUGUUGUGCAAUUUGUCUCAAUAGGAUUGUCCAAGGAAUUUGCAAUGUUGAACUGUAAGGACCUGAAACAGAAAGUUCCUUCAGCCGAUUCAGGUGUCUAUUGGAUCGACCCGGAUGGUGGUUCCCACGGUAACGCCUUCCAAGCUUACUGCGACCAACAAACGGAUGGAGGAGGUUGGACUCUAGUUUACAGUUACACCUUCACAGAUUACUCAAGUUUCACGAGUUUUGAAAACGCUGUCACCCCGCGUCCAUCUUGGUCAGCUAGUUCUGCUGACGUUCGAGUGUCCACAACCGUUCCUUUGAGCGAGACCCAUUAUGAGGCCAUGAACUUUGCUUUGUGGCGCAGCAUUGGUAAGGAAUUCCUGAUCAAGAGCAACAUCAACAACUGGAUCGCAUGCAAGGAAGGUUCUGGUAGCAUAGUGCAACAGAAGCCGGGAUCGAUCACUUGUAAACUGGUUAAACAGGUUUCUGAUCGAUGUCCCGGUAUAGUGCCGAAAUCAUUAUCGAGGCAUACUAAUGGAAUGUAUCUUACCAGCAGUAGUCUUUAUUAUGGCUUCGAUGGUAGCACAGGCGGCGAUUGGCCAACGCAUGAUCCAUGCGGAAAUAAUCAAGAAAAUAAUUUGAAAGGUGUGCCGAACCCACACGGAAACAUUUUUAUUCGGUAAACUGAACUCCAAAAAAAAUUUAAAUCAAGUAAUGCAAUCUCCUCUCUUUAAGAAGGAUACUUUUAGAGAGAGAUAUUAUUUUUUUUCGUCUUGUCACGAGCGUGGAACAAGGAUAAAAUUCUGAAUCCCCAUAGGCAAUGGGGGACUAAGAAUUGUUUUCCUUUGUCCCACGCUCGUGACAAGACAAGAAACAUUUUUCUUUAUAUCUUUACCGGGCUUAAACUAUCUUUCCUAUUCUGUUACAACACCCUAAGUCAUUGUGAAACGCUGAGUUCAAAGACACAAAAAAUGAGUAUUGAAUUAAGUAAUACUGAAAUAAGAAUCUUGGUCAGUGCUUUGAAAUAAUUUUUGGCUCCUAAAGGAGCGAUUUUAGUUUGGUUUGUUCUUGAAUGAACAGUUUCAAGUCGCGUGUUAAACUUAAACUCACAAAGGUGGCAGGGGCGCAGUCGCAAAAGGGCGAAACCUACAAACAAUUUUGUCGUUGGUUUGUAGCGG